AGUAUUUCAUCUGGCCGCUAGGGGGCAGCUGUGCACCAAGAGUUUUCCUUCCCCCUCAUCGUCGAAAUAACAAACCCUACUACGGAGCAAGUGGCGGGGUGAGAGAGCGUCCAAAACCGCCUCUGACCGCCAGUUUCAAACUCAUUUGCGGAAAUCGUGGUAAUAUCAAUACAAGAACAAACAACGAUUCAACAAAGUAGUAUCUCGUUUGGAAAUACAUUGAAUAACGGGGUCCUAUGCUACCGUUCCACUCUCUUGUGGACACUGAGGAUCUGAGGUCUGUUCUUAUUUGAGUUGGGUCAGACAUGAUAGAGAAAUGAUAGCAGCACCAGAGUUACCGUCAGAGUUCCACUAUCCUCAGGAUUCGGACACCCGUUUCUCCUCAGACACAGACUUCUCUGAGGCGCCUGAUGUCAGUAUCAACCCAACCAAAGGAAAGGGGGGGAAGAAGGGGAAGAAGGUGGCAGGAGAGAAGGGUAAAGGAGGGAAGGGAGUGGGGGGAGCAGGGAGGAUGAACGGCCACUACCAGGAGAAUGGCAUGGAGAACCUGAUGCUGUUCGAGGUUGUCAAGAUGGGCAAAAGCGCCAUGCAGUCUGUGGUGGAUGACUGGAUUGAGGCAUAUAAAACCGACAGGGACAUGGCUCUGCUAGACCUCAUCAACUUCUUCAUCCAGUGUUCUGGCUGUAAAGGAGUGGUCAGUGGAGAGAUGUUCCGAAACAUGCAGAACUCUGAGAUCAUCAGGAGGAUGACAGAGGAGUUUGACGAGGACAGCGGAGACUACCCUCUGACCAUGGCAGGUCCGCUGUGGAAGAAGUUUAAGGGUAGUUUCUGUGAGUUCAUUGCUGUCUUGGUGAGACAGUGUCAGUACAGCAUCAUCUAUGAUGAGUACCUCAUGGACACAGUCAUAUCGCUCCUCACCGGACUGUCGGACUCACAGGUCCGAGCCUUCAGGCACACCAGCACACUGGCAGCUAUGAAACUGAUGACAGCCCUGGUGAAUGUAGCUCUGAACCUGAGCAUCAACAUGGACAACACACAGCGGCAGUACGAGACAGAGAGAAACAAGAAUGUCGCCAAGAGAGCCAACGACCGGCUGGAGCUACUGCUGCAGAAACGCAAAGAGCUUCAAGAAAAUCAGGACGAAAUUGAAAACAUGAUGAAUGCUAUAUUCAAGGGUGUGUUUGUACACCGGUAUCGUGAUGCCAUAGCAGAGAUCAGAGCUAUCACUAUAGAGGAGAUAGGAAUGUGGAUGAAGCUGUACAGUGAUGCCUUCCUCAACGACAGCUACCUGAAAUACGUAGGCUGGACCAUGCACGACAAGCAAGGCGAGGUACGUCUGAAAUGUUUGACAGCUCUGCAGGGUCUCUACUACAACAGAGAACUGAACACCAGACUGGAGCUGUUCACCAGCCGCUUCAAGGACCGCAUCGUCUCCAUGACUCUAGACAAGGAGUACGAUGUCGCAGUACAAGCAAUUAAACUGCUCACUCUGGUACUACAUAGUACAGAUGAGGUACUGAGCCCGGAGGACUGUGAGAGCGUCUAUCACCUGGUCUACUCCGCCCACCGACCGGUCGCCAUAGCAGCCGGGGAGUUCCUCUUCAAGAAACUGUUCAGUACGCGGGAGCCAGAAGAGGAGGGCGCCCCCAAGAGGAGAGGAAGACAAAGCCCCAAUGCCAACCUCAUCAAAACUACUGUUUUCUUCUUCCUGGAGAGCGAGCUCCAUGAGCACGCUGCGUACCUGGUGGACUCUCUGUGGGAGAGUGGAGCAGACCUACUGAAGGACUGGGAGUGUAUGACCAGCCUGCUACUGGACGACCCUGUGCCAGGGGAGGAAGCCCUGACAGACAGACAGGAGACGGCUCUCAUAGAGAUAAUGCUGUGUACGGUGCGCCAGGCAGCUGAGUGCCACCCGCCCGUAGGCCGCGGAACUGGGAAGAGGGUGAUGACAGCGAAGGAGAAGAAGACCCAGCUAGAUGACAGGACCAGAAUGACAGAGCUGUUUGCUGUGACAUUACCCCCUCUGCUGGCCAAGUACUCCAUAGAUACAGAGAAGGUGACCAACCUGCUGCAGCUCCCUCAGUUCUUUGACCUGGAUAUCUACACCACAGGACGACUAGAGAAGCACUUGGAGGCGUUGCUGCGUCAGAUCAGGGAGAUCGUGGAGAAACACACAGACACAGAGGUUCUGGAGGCGUGCUCGAAGACCUACCACGCUCUCUGCAACGAGGAGUUUACCAUCUUUAACAGAGUGGACAUCGCCAGGUCACAGCUUCUGGAUGAAAUGGUGGACAAAUUCAACAGACUGCUGGAAGACUUCUUACAAGAGGGUGAGGAGCCUGAUGAUGAUGAUGCCUACCAGGUCCUGUCUACUCUCAAGAGAAUCACAGCAUUCCACAAUGCCCAUGACCUGUCCCAGUGGGAUCUGUUCAGCAGUAACUUCAAGUUGCUCAACACGGGCAUUGAGAACGGUGACAUGCCAGAGCAGAUUGUGGUCCAUGCUCUACAGUGUACCCACUACAUUGUCCUGUGGUACUUGGCCAAGGUCUCGGAGGGCAGCCACAGAAAGGAGGAGCUGGUGAGCCUGAGGAAACAGAUGCGGAUGUUCUGUCUGAUGUGUCAACGUUACCUCACCAACGUCAACACAACCGUCAAGGAACAGGCGUUCACCAUCCUGUGUGAUGUGUUGCUAGUCUUUAGUCAUCAGAUGGUCUCGGGAGGCAGAGAGCAGCUGGAGCCGCUGGUCUACAGUCCUGAUGACUCGUUACAGACAGAACUACUGUCCUUCAUACUGCACCAUGUGUUUAUAGACCAGGACGAUGACAACGGCAGCACAGAUGGCCAGCAGGAUGACGAGGCAGCGAAGAUAGAAGCUCUUCACAAGAGACGUAACCUCCUGGCGGCCUACUGUAAACUUAUCAUCUAUAACGUAGUAGAGAUGAACACUGGCGCUGACAUCUUUAAGCAGUACAUGAGGUAUUAUAAUGACUAUGGUGACAUCAUCAAGGAGACCAUGUCAAAGACCAGACAGAUAGACAAGAUCCAAUGUGCCAAGACACUCAUCCUCAGUCUACAACAGUUGUUCCAUGAGAUGUUGUCAGAGUUGGGGACAGGAUUUGACCGCUCGUCCUCAGCGUUCUGUGGGAUCAAGGAGCUGGCCAGACGUUUCUCUCUCACCUUCGGUCUGGACCAGGUCAAAACACGAGACGCUAUCGCCAUGCUGCACAAGGAUGGUAUAGAGUUUGCGUUUAAGGAGCCCAGUCCACAGGGAGAGGGCAACCCUCCUCUUCACCUGGCCUUCCUAGACAUCCUCUCUGAGUUUUCAUCCAAACUAAUGAGACAGGACAAGAGGACUGUUCACAUGUAUCUGGAGAGGUUCAUGACCUUCCAGAUGGCCCUCCAGAGAGACGACUGCUGGCUACCGCUCAUCUCCUACAGGAACUCCCUGCAGGCCGGAGGGGACGAUGACACCAUGUCUGUUGUCUCCGGAUACUCCUCCAGAGGGUCGUCGGUCAGAUCCAAGAAGACCAAGGCUGCUACUCCCACCGUUACCGUCGCUGCAGCUAAGAGGAAACUCCCUGAAGCUGAGGAGAGCAGUAGCAGCAGUGCAGAUAUGUCGUGGCAGCACCAGAGCAUGCAGACGCCCGUGAUGAUGCCCUCCCCCCACCUCACCUCUACCAUGAUGAGAGGACCAGGGGACAUGAGGGAGGAGGCCAAACGGGGGAGAGACGACAGCUACAUGGGAGUGUACGCCCUCCCUUCAGACUCCCAGCAGCAUCCUCACCCUCACACACUCCCCCAAACCCCUCAACUCCACCAGACACCCAUCGACUACAAUACCCAGGUGACGUGGAUGCUGGCUCAGAGGCAGCAGGAGGAGGUUCGUCAGCAGCAGGAGAGAGCCAUGAACUACGCCAAGCUCAGAACCAACCUGCAACAGGCCAUUCGGCGUGGUACAGGGCUGAUGGAGGAGGAUGAGGAGCCUAUCGUAGAGGACGUGAUGAUGUCGUCAGAGGGUCGUAUGGAAGACCUCAACGAGGGCAUGGACUUUGACACCAUGGACAUUGACCUGCCCCCCUCUAAGAACAGGAGAGAGAGAUCAGAGCUGAAACCAGACUACUUUGACCCUGGUUCUAUCAUGGAUGAGUCUGUCCUUGGAGUGUCCAUGUUUUAAACUGGUAUUUGUAGACGAAGAGGAGAGAGGCAUUUUGUAUUUAUGGAGAAGUUAAGAUGUGGAUCUGAAGUCUUCUCUGAUUUAUCCUCCAUGGUCUAACACACACACACACACACACACACACACACACACACACACACACACACACACACACACACAGUGUUGCUUGCUCAGAGGGAACUGAAUGAAAAUAAAAUACUUUUAUAAUCCUUGGGUAAGCUUUUCCUCUUCGUUAGCUUCAAACCUAAAGGAAUCCUCGACAUUUAGUCUGAAGAAAGUUCCAUUAUUCUAGAAUGUUUUAUUUUUCUUCCAAAUGGAGAUGGAAUGAGAUUUUUAAAUGUCUUCUAACCCUGUCUCUAUGCUAGUAUAGUGAGUAACCCGGUGUGGUCUAGUAAUUUAUAAACAGGUUGUUAGUAGGAAAGGUAGCUAGCUGUGCUGUAGUAGUAGUGGAUGGACAUGGUCUUUAUGCUAUUUUCAGUUUUACUUUCCUCCAUGUUGGACUGUCAGAAUCUGUUGGUUCUGUGGUUGUGAUGACGACUGCUGGUGGUUCAGUUGGUGACCUGUUGACUAGAUCAGCUGUAAGAGUCAUGGAUGUAGCAACACGCAUCCAACCGUUGGCCCAAGUAAAGGACACAACCGUUUUCCAAGAGCAGAUUCCUUCAUACGAAACACGUAGAAAUAACGGCACGCUGUUGUAAACGCUUCAGUGUAGUUUCUUGCAACGUUCGGCACAUCCAGAUGUGUGGGUACUGUUUCCAUUCUGUGGUGGUUGGAUACCGUCUUACUGAGGAUCCCAGUAGUUGCUGUGAAGAGGCCCAGGAUGCAUCUCAAAAGUAGUGCACUAUAUAGGGAAUAGGGUGCCAUUUGGUAUGCAGACAAAAAGUGUUUAACAAGGAACUAGGCUGUCACACAAGUCCUGAAGCUUACCCAAAGAUUUGCACCCUUCUACCUAUCUGUGGAGUUUUCUCUCUCAACGGACAGCGAGGUGAUUUUCUCUCUGGUAGUGCCACCGCUGUGCUGACUCCGAGACAGGCAAGCAGCACGCUAAUACACACAAAAUACAUUUCUCCAUCUCCAGAAAAUCCAGCAUAUUUAGUGUUGAAAUAGCUAUCUCUAAAUUUUAAAUAAAGUUAUAUAUGAAUCGGUGCUGAUUUUAUAACUGUGCUUUUUUGUUUUGUUUUAUUAAAAUGUUCAACCUACAGUUAAUGUUUCAGAAAUGUGUAAGUAAAACUGUUUAAAAUGAAAAGCAUGGGUAGUCAGGUGUCGGAAGAUUUUUAAAUUUGUAUUUUUUUCUUUCUUAACGUCUUGGGGUUUCUACCGUUUUUCCUACGUGUAAAUUAGUUUGGAUGAGACUCAUUAUGAGAAAAUAAAUCUGGCUUGUGAAAUUUCAGCUUUAAGAUUCUCAACAUCCAUGAGUAAUAAUAAUGUCCUGUUGCGAAACUCCACAAUAUAAAACUGUGUAACUAACUAAAAACCAGUCAUCAUUAUAAUCCUAUAGAAAAGUUGAUUGUUUUCAUCCCAAUUGGUACCCUAUUCCCUAGUGCCCUCACCAGGCCCUAUAUUCCCUAUGGGCCCUGGUCAAAAGUAGUGCACUAUAUAGGGAAUAAGGUGCCAUUUGGGACACUUUUCAACAGUGGCAGCACUCUGGCAGCUAGACAAAGCUUAAAUGUGACAUGAACUAUUAUGUCGUCCAUAAGUUUUAAUUAAAUGUUUUGUCUACUGAGGUAAAUCUAUCUACUUUGUAAUCAUUCCAUGCCUGAGCCUUAAACAUGCUAUAGUGGAAGGAAAUCAACUGCCCUGUCCAGAAACGGCCCCUAGCCCCAUAGAAAUAGUAUUACUAGAAUGAAAUUCAUAUUGUCUAAGGGGUGCUUUUCCCCAUUCUAUUCAUUCUAUGCCUAUAUACCUAGACUCUCCAAGGCACCUGUGUAUAUCUGAUAGGAAUGGGUAAGGUAUAAGCAAUUUGGCUUCAUCCCAACUAGUCUAUCAGAGGUAAAUGGUGAAGCUACUAUCGUAUUGCUUAUACCCAUCAAAUUACUAUAGAUCUACACUAGCACCUCGGGGUUAGGCUUGAGGUAGCCCCGGAAAGAUUAUGUAGAUGAGAUUUGGUUGGGCCUCGUGACACUAGGGGUGCUUGGGAUUGUUUCUGGAAAGGGCCUACAUUUGUUUUCUCUCAACUUUCUUCCAUGUCAGAGGAAGCCAUGAAAGGUGAUUAUUGGUGUUUUAUGACGACAGAGAACAUUCGAGAUGGUCCAGAUGUGAUGUCGAUGAAGUAGAUACAAACAGCCUGUGUGUUUUACCUAAUUAUUAUUUUAUGUAAGUAAAUAUUUUGGAGUAAAAAUGACUGUGGCUUUUGUUUUGUCACUUACUACCACUACAUUGGUAUAAUUCCUUUAUUUGAACCUUCCUGUAUAUAAAACAAACAUCAAGCUUUAUUUUCAUUUGUGUUUUUCCUUUUUGGCCAUUUGUGUGUUUUAAUCUUUUCACAUGCGUCCGUACGUACACACACACACACACACUUCCGUGGUAUUGUUUGUUCCUCAUGCUAUUGUCACUCAGUCAGAUUUUUACUUGUCUGGAGACAGUCACUUUUGGAUUAAAAGUAAACCAACUCGA